UCAAAUCAUAAGUCGAAUACAAUCUUCGCACUUCGAUAUUCUUCCACUCGUUGAUGAAUAACUGAAUCUCAACAAAGCGACGCCGGAUCGAGCAGCUUCAACCGCCGUCCACAACCAUUUCCUGUCGCCAGAGCUUCGGCUGCUCUCGUAAUCUCAAAUUUGGAAACUGUGUUGAUUUUUUGUUAGGUAAGAAGGAGUGAAUAUGGGGUUCUUGGUGACUACGCUAAUCUUCAUAGUUGUGGGGAUUAUUGCAAGCCUUUGCGCCAGAAUUUGCUUCAACCGAGGACCCUCUGCCAAUCUGCUACAGCUGACAUUGGUUAUUACUGCAACCGUCUGCUGCUGGAUGAUGUGGGCGAUAGUGUAUUUAGCACAGAUGAAUCCACUGAUUGUUCCAAUUCUGAACGAAUCGGAGUAAUAAAAAAGAUGAGAAGCAUGUGAUUCCACUUGGGAAGCUAUAUUAAUGUCUGUGAGUGUUGAAUGGGAGGGUUGGUUAAUAACUUUUGGGGUUCCCAGAAUCCCUUUGUGUAGAUUUUGUAUGUAUUUGCUGCAAGACAUUCUUUAGUCCUUUGCUUAUCUUUGAAGAUGGCAUAAAACUUGUAAGAGAAUAAGAAAAUGGAAUUGGUUGGUUCUAGUCUCCAAUCUGUAUAUUGAGAAAUAUGAUGCCAAUCUUUCUCUAUCUCAAAUGAAGUCGCGUUAUUAUC